AAUCUUUAUUGUCUGUAAAUUAAAUAUUUUACAAUAAAUGUAAUAGACACCAAGUCAAUGGUUGUAGGAUACUAAUACAAUUUAAUUUAUAAACUUAAAAAACCGUUGUCGGGCACUGUGGUGGUAGGAAAACGUAUAACCAAAAUAAGGCAUCAUAAGUUAAUUAAUUCUCUUUGUAUAUUUUUAGGCUAGGGCCUACUGUAUCUAAGUUAGACUGUGACUGUGGCAUAGCUGAAAGGAUGAUCAUACUUGCAGAAAAUUAUAAACGAUAAUUGUUAUGCUCAACCGUAAAUCAGUCACUAAUGCAGAGUAUGAGCAUGCUUAGUAGGCCUACGAUUGUAACCAAGAUCAUGUAAAAAGAUAAUAACACAGUACCGUAGGCCUAUAUAGGUUAAGGCAAAUUGUUGAACCAUGGAUCAACAGGAGGCUGACUUAAAACAACUUUUCCCUAAUCUCGUUAUCUACUUAAGUGCAAAAGAAGAUAAGAAGUUGUUUGGGUCAUUGUCAGCCAGUUUUAAAGAAUUUGGUUAUGGCCUUCUCUUAAAAAAGAGAGAGACGUUCUUUGACGAAGUGACAGGCCAAGAAGAGUGUUGGUGUGGUAUAAUGCAAGGUGGACUACAUUCCCCUGAGACUCAGGUCUUACUGUCAGAAGGAACUGGUAGACUGCAUUGCGAUGCCGAAGAGAAAGCUGUUCAACGUUUGUUCGACAAGCUGCUAGACUCUUUUUAUGUUAUUUGGAAUAAUCCAGAGUAUAUAAACAAGAACCAAGUACCGGACUGUGCUCUCAAUCCGGAUCCUAACCUUAAACACAUUUAUCGUACAGUAUACUUGAAAAAGAAUUCCGAGGGAACUGAGUUCCCCAAGCCAGUAACAGGACCAGUUGACUAUGUUGAAAACUACAACAAACUGAUGAGUUACAUCCAAUAUCACAUCAAGAACGGAACCAAAGCGGAUCUUUUUGUUCUGAACAUCGUGAAAGAUGACAGAGCUGCUAUUAGAAAAGUCUGUCAAAAGAAAGGAAUGACACUCACCCCUCUAGUGGGCUGCUCCAACAAGGCAGUGAAGUUACAUUAUGUAACACCAACAAACGCUUUACUACGGGGCCUCUUGAAUGACGGUGGCCAGAACAUCAAAUGCCGUCUGGUCGGACCACGAGACAAAUAUGCUGAUAAUUUUGAAGUAAUGCAAAAGGUAGCUGUUAUACCCAAAGCCAUUGCAACAGGUACCUUAAAUGAAGACUCAACCGCAGAUGAAGGUGAUAUCGUGAUUAGCCCUUGGAUUGCUGAUAACUUUAUUCUCAUGGAUUAUUUCACGGAAUGGAACGAGCUGGUGAACAAGAGAGAAAUACUCUUCUGUUCGGUGAGGGAUAACCCGGACACAGAGGAGUUUAUCAUAGAGAAGAAGAGAAACCAUGUCGGAUUGAUUUUUUUCGAAGCGAUGAUUGAUAGAAAUGUCGUUGGCAGAAGUAGAGGCUUUGGACAAAAAUCAGGAAAGAUGAAAGCAGUUGAAAAUGCAAUCGUGAACCUAAGUAAAUGCUGUUAUUCAAUUAAGGCAAAGAAAUCUUAUUUUGGUACGACACGAGAAACGCCUGAUUUUCUUCUAAACCCAAACGCCAAACGCCAGACCAAUCUUUACAGGAUUGCAGGCAAACAAUUCGGAACACCUCUCCACAUUAUAAAAAACUUCAAAAAGUCUUGUCACGAAGAUCUGUAUUUUAGUGAUGAAUACUCAGGAGAAGAAAGGAAGCAAAUUUCUGACAUGGCAAAGCAGAUGGGUUUGUUCAUCAGAUGGAUUGGGACAAGCCAUAUUCUGUGUGUCUACAAAAAGAGAAAACCCAAAGACAUACUUGAGGAGCUUUUAAUCAAUGCUAAGAUUAAUGAGAAAUAUAAACUCAUCAGACCACCAUCAAAAUCCUGUAACGGAAUUAAAACUACAAACAUGGGUAAGCCUAUCGAGGAAAUGCCUCAGAGGCCACAAGAAAUGCCCCAAAGUUCACAAGAAUUUCCCCAGAGGCCACAAGAAAUGCACCAAAGUUCGCAUGAAUUUUCCCAGAGGCCACAAGAAGUGCCCCAAACUUCACAAGAAUUUUCCCAGGGGCCACAAGAAAUGUCCCAAAGACCACAUGCAUUUUCUCAGAGGCAAGGACAAGGAAUGCCCCAAAGACCACAAGGAAUGCCUCCAGCAUUUUCUCAGAGGCCACGAGGAAUGCCCCAAAGGCCUCAUGCAUUUUCUCAGAGGCCACGAGGAAUGCCCGAAAGGCCUCAUGCAUUUUCUCAGAGGCCACAAGGAAUGCCCCAAAGGCCACAUGCAUUUUCUCAGAGGCCACGAGGAAUGCCCCAAAGGCCACAUGCAUUUCCUCAGAGACCACAAGGAAUGCCCCAAAGGCCACAUGAAUUUUCUCAGAUGCCACAAGGAAUGUCCCAAAGCCAAUUCUACAAUCCACAAGCCAACAGCGGUCAAAAUUCUCUCUUUCCUGCAAAAACAGAGACAAAAGUCUCAAAUCAACAAACUCCUGGCAGUGAUGUAGAAAGUGUGUCGCUUGGAAGUGACAACGAACCAAGUUGGGUUAUGAAGUUUAUAGAGUCGGCGCCACCAGACCCUCCUAAAAAGCCCCAGAACAAAAAUUGUGUCAUCUCAACAAAUCCUCAAAGAAAAAGAGAUGAUGUGUAUAACAGAUUUCAUUUUUUUGCACCCAAACCAAAAGUUGUUUAUACACCAAAAUCUAAUCUCCAGGAAAUUCAACCACAGCCAAAUGAACCACUGAAAACACAUAUUGACGACGAUGAAGAUCCAGACCAGAAGCUCAGCUUGAGUGAGCGUUUAUCAAAAGUGUUGCAAGGUGGUCAGCAAAAUGUAACAACUUCAAAUACAACCAUUAAGAGGGAGCAUGAUCAGGGAAUUAGUGAUGAAGAAGGCGGCGAACCUGCAGCAAAAUAUAACAAGCCAUCUCUAGAUAAUCGUGGCUUUAGUUUUUCUGGUGAUCAGAGAAGACUCACUGAGAAUCCACGAGAUUUUCAAAGCAAUAGUUCUUGUGGAAGGAUGAACUCGAGCAUGAAUAGAGAAACUCCAAACAGUUUUUCUGAUGACCAAAGAAGAUAUUCUGGGGAUUUUCAACAUAGUAAUUCUAAUGAAACAAUGAAUUUAAGCAUAAAAAGUGAAACUUCAAACAGUGUUUCUGAGGGUCAGAGAACUUUAUCAAGGGAAACUCCUGGUACUAGUAACGUCAACUUUAAAUCCGAGGGACGAUCUAGUACUGAUGAUUACAAUAGAUCUUUUGAAGACUCUUACGUCAAAGAUGAGUAUGACCAACAUAGUUCAUACUCGAGAUUUGACGCUCACGAUACUUCACAGUAUAGAAAUCCUUAUGAUGGUCCAAGAGUCAAGCCAGAGGUUGAUGGUGGCGACUUAUUUUACAGGAGACCAGAUUCCAGAGACAGAGAUUCUGGUGUUCACAACACUGCACAGCAUAACGCUGAUGAAGCUCGGGCGGCAAAUAUUGAAAAAGAUUCUGACAAUCUGUUCUACAGAAGGCCACAAUUAAAUGAUAAUGUAAAUCAAAAUCAACUUUGGGAUAAUAAUACUAAGCAGCAAUUUGACCAAAGACCAAAACCAUCGACUGGUCCCAAAGAUUUGACAAGUCUCUUUGACAUACCUGAAGACAGAAGAUCUCAAGAGUUCAGACCCGUGUCUCCACCGAAAUUUAAUCGAUACAGAAUGAAUCGCAGGUCCAAAGGACACAACUUUACCAAACUGGCGAAAUACAGAAAUAAUCGAGGAAGGCCUUACUGAACGCUAGGAGAUUGCAACACAAAUCACUUAAAUAUAAUAUUAGGAGUUGUAUUUAUAUCAAUAUUUUUUAUUUAUAAUCUAAUGUACAUUGUAUAUAUUUGUUUAGCAUUCAAACUGAUUGUUUUUACAGUAGUUUUCACUGAGAAUACUAUUAUGUGUUUGUUGUUUUUACUUUAUAGUAUAUAAUAGGAUAGGUGUACAAAGUUUUAGAAAAUAGGUUGUUUAGUUGUAGAAAGUAAAACACAAAUUGUUAUACAUUUGAGGAAAUACAUAAAAAAUAUGUACCAAAUCUGUGAGAUGGUGAAAUCAGUAUUUUGUACAGGAAGGGCCUGUUUAGUUGGUCGGGUGAGUAGACGCCUUAUUAUUGACUAUAGUAAAAUGCAGGUAAGAUUGAGGCAGAACCAGUCGACGGCGACUGCACUAAUGGUCUUAUCCCUUGUCAAUUGUGUGUGGCGUGGAGCGGCUGAUGCAGAUGGUGGGUUGGUCAGUGAGUCAUAUUUCUGGCUCUACUAUCUCUGUGCAAUAUCUUUUAGUUGAAUAAAUUAUAAAAAUCCAAUGGUAUAAACAACUGUACUUCAAUCCUCUCUUCAAUUUGAUACCAAAUUUUAAGUGAAUCUGUGAAUCUUUACAGAGUGAUAACAUUAGGUAUUAGCAUAUAGAAAUGAUACUCCCUUAGUAGAUUUCUCAUCCUUAGGGAUCAGCUGAAGACAAUUUCACUGCUGGUUCCGCCACUAGGAUCGUGUUUUUGUUUACAAUUUGUUUCUUGUUAUUUCAGUUAUUUAAAACCUCUUUUACCCAAAGUUUAAUGAUAAACAAUAUCUCGUCUUCCCUUUAUAUAAAACAGUAAAGCACAAAUCAUAAAAUUAGCCCUCAAUGGGAUGAGAAGUCUACUGGUGUUGAUUAGUCUAUAGUAUUAGUAUGAUAGUAUCAGAGAAUAGCAAGUUAAAAUUCACAGAUUUACCUCAAAUUUGGUAUCAAAAUGAACAGGAGAUCUGUCUGAGCAGCUCUACGUGACACAAUAGACAAAAGGGUUAAGACAAAAUGGUUCGGGUGGUUCCUCUCCACUCUGACCUGCAUUUUACUUUAGGGCCAUAGGUUGCUAGUUGCUUCCCUCUACUGUUAAUAGGUAUUUCUUUCAUUUUUUUUGCCUAGAAGUGAUGGUCUUAAAGAUAUAAUUGAGCGGAGCGAAGCUCUUAUACUACACUCCUGCUUUUGUUUUACAAAUACUGAAAUACUCCUCCUGAACAGCUGAAGCAUUUUGCACCAAAUUUAGCACAGUCAUAGUAACCAAUCAUGGGAAGGUAUAAAUCUGAAAUGGUACAAAUUGGACCACAGGGCUUUACCUAGGUGAAUUUAAACUUUUAGAAAUUUUACAUGUGGGUCUUUUGGGUUUAUUGGUCACCAUGACAUUUGUUUGGAAGAACAAUCGGAUUAAUAGCAUGGAGCAUAAUUUACUACAAAAUGAAUAACCAAUAAUUAGGGUCGCCGAAAUUAGGCUGAUGCACCAUUGACUUUAAAUACUCUAAAUAGCCAUUCCAUUUAUGUGAACCAAAUAUAGAGGCCUACCAUUGAGUUUGGAUACUGCAAGUAGACUUUCCAUUUUCGUGCACUAGAUGUACCAUUAAUGCAGACUUUGAAUAGGUACUGUAAAUUUGAAUUACGUUAAUGUGAACCAAAAGAAAAGAAACGAUUUAGUUUGGAUAUUGCAUGUAUACAUUCCCUUGGCGUAAACCAUAUGUACCAUUGUCUUUGGAUACUGCAAGUAGACAAUUGCGGUAAUUUACAUUAUCCAAAUAAAUGUGCCAUUGACUUUGGUUCCUGCAAGUAGACAAUUCAUUUAUGUUAACUAGACUUAUAAUAAUUGACAUUGGAUACUGCAAGUCUAUAUCUCAUUUACGAGAAACGGAUGUAGCAUUGACUUUAGAAAAUUAUUGGAUUAAUUUAGCUCCGCUCAAUAUUGCAAGCAGACAACUGCAUUCUACACCUAUUAUUAAAUAAACUGCUUUCAAAAAUCAAGUGCUUUAUUAUAUUAAAAUCACAAUAAUUUAAUUGUUUUGAAAGAACAAGAAUAGACAAAAUUUUAAAAGACUUUUUUUGGAAAAUUAUAAAAGUUUAGCUAUCUUAACUAAGAAAAUUAAAUUUCAGGGGGUUAUAGAGUAGCUAUGCAAUAUAUCAUCAGUAUUUAUCUUGCCGCAGUGUCCUUCAAUAGUGCAUUUUAUAAUAGGACACAAAUGUGACGAUUUUUACUCAGAAGUACAAUUUUGUAUAAGGUUUACAUGUGAAGUGCUAUGGGCCUGAGAGAUUAAUGUACCCUCU